AUGGAUCGACGACAACCACAGUACGGGAACGACACCCCGGGGACCCCAUCAGUACUGGGGUCCGUAAACCUUCUGGGAACAACACCCCGUAAGUACCGCAGAGACGUACUCGACCCGGACGACCGUACCCCCGAGGGCUCGGACGACUCACCACGGUACCGCUGGAACAACUCCUCCCUGGACGCCGACUCGUGGACGACUAAGAACAUGGGUAUGUCCCCUUCAAGAAUCCCUCAGACACAAGGAAUGAUGGGUAGUCAUGCUAAUAACAUAGUUUCUCAGCCGGCCAAUCAGGGCCAGUUCCUGCCGCAGGGCCAGUUCACUGCUGCUACAGGAGGAGCAAUGAAUGUGAAUGUUAACCUCGGCCAGCCCAUAACACAGUCUGCUGUCAAACAGCCACAGAACCCUAACCUCCCCCUGAACGCACUGGGACCCAACGGCUCCAAGCUGCCCCGCAGCCCUGCAGCCCCGGCCUCGCUGGGCCCCACCCCCCCACCCAAUGCCUCUGCUGGCCUGCAGCCCCAUCAGCUGCAGCAGCACCAUGCUUCAUCACAGGCACAGGCCCCACCGCAGCCCACUACCCCUACCUCCACCGGAGGACCCUCCUCCACCCCAACACACAUGCCCAGUAGCCUCCCUGGCCCCCCCUCAGCCAUGGGCACACCGGACCCCUCCCAGCCACUCACGCCCCUGCAACCACAGACAGACCCCCCCAGUCAGAUGCAGCAGCCCACUUCAGUGCAGGCCCAGCACCCCAGCACACCGUUGUCCCAGGCAGCAGCGAGUAUAGAUAACAGGGUGCCCACCCCAGCCUCUGUGGCGGAGCUGAGCUCCCAGCAGGCUCUGCCAGACAUGAACAGCACUGAAGCCAAACCUGAAGUCAAAGACGAAGAAGAGGACAGCGGGUCUGGAAAGAAGCAGCAAGAUAUAAAAAUGGAGCCGGAUGAUGAAACCAAACCCUUAGUGAAGAAGGAGGAGCCCGAUGCAACAGAGCCAAAGCAGGAACCGAUGGAAACUGAGGACAAGAAGCCUGAGAUAAAGACAGAACCCAAAGAAGAGGAGGAGGGCGGGGCCAACGGCACAUCUGCCUCCUCCAGCCCUCAGAGCCGCAAGAAAAUUUUCAAGCCAGAGGAGCUGAGGCAAGCCCUGAUGCCAACACUUGAGGCCCUCUACAGGCAAGACCCAGAGUCACUGCCCUUCAGACAGCCUGUAGACCCCAUGCAGCUAGGCAUCCCUGACUACUUUGACAUUGUGAAGACUCCCAUUGACUUAUCCACCAUCAAGCGCAAGUUGGACACGGGUCAGUACCAGGAGCCGUGGCAGUAUGUGGACGAUGUGUGGCUCAUGUUCAACAACGCCUGGCUGUACAACCGCAAAACAUCCCGUGUCUACAAAUACUGCUCUAAACUGUCAGAGGUGUUUGAAGCAGAGAUUGAUCCCGUCAUGCAGGGCCUGGGUUACUGCUGCGGCAGGAAGGGUCUCCAAAUGCCUGGGGUCAUGACUACCCAGGGGCCCUCACAGCAAGGCAUGACACCACAGCAGCUAGGUAUGCCACGUGGGAUACCUGGAAACAUUGCUCCGAGUGCCCUGCAAGAAUUACUGCGCACCCUUAAAUCUCCCAGCUCCCCGCAGCAGCAACAGCAGGUCCUUAACAUCCUCAAGUCCAACCCCCACCUCAUGGCUGCCUUCAUUAAACAGAGGACAGCGAAGUACCAGGCCACGCAGCCGCAGCAGCAGCAGGCAGGAAUGCAGGCCAUGGCAGCCAUGGCAAACCAGGUGCAGAGGCCAGUGAUGGCACCUCAGCAGCAGCAGCAGCCUCCUCCGCAGGCAGGGCCCCAGGGUAUGGCAACCAUGGGCCCCCAAGGCCAGAUGAUGAAUGCUGCCCAAAACGGCAAUCCCCAAAUGUACCGCAGACAGCAGCUGCUCCGGUUGCAGCAGAUGCAGCAGCAGCAGGCGCAGCAGCAGGCGCAGCAGCAGGCGCAGCAGGGAGGCAUGCCUCAGGGCCACAGUCAGUUCCCCCAGCAGCAGCCGGGGCCAGCAACCUACUCCCAACUCCGUAUGCAGCAGCAAAUGGCUAUGCAAGGAGGCGCGGGGCCCAUGGGACAGCUCCCUCCCACGUCUCAAAUGGGUCAGCCUGGCAUGGGCAUGGAGGUCCCGCAGAACAUCCUCCAGCAGCGCCUGCUUCAGCAGCAGCAGCAGCAGCAGCAGAUGCUAAAGCAGCAGAUGGGCUCUCCAACACAGGCAAACUCGAUGAGUCCACAAUCUCACAUGCUCCAAGGCCAGGCCCAGGGAGGAGCUCACUUACCUGGACAGACAAUGGCAAACACCCUGGGAAACCAAGUUCGUUCCCCAGCCCCAGUGCAAUCGCCCCGUCCGCCUUCGCAGCAGCCCCCGCAUUCCAGUCCCUCCCCGCGGAUACAGCCCCAGCCCUCACCUCAGCACGGCGCCCUACACUCCAGCUCUCCCCACCCCAGCCUUGGAGGCCCGAUGUCGGGGUCCAUGGACCAGGGACACAUGGGUACACCUGAGCAGAGUGCCAUGCUCCCACAACUUAACACGCCAAACAGAGGAGGGUUGAGUAAUGACAUGGGUAUGGACACAGGAGUGGGGAUGAACCAAGAGGAGCUGGUGGCCAACCUGGGUACCAUCGCCCGCUCAGGGUCAAAGGCCUUUUUGGAUGCCCUGACCAACCAGGCGGAGGCCAGCAGCACCAUCAUUGGUCAGUUCGGGGUGGGCUUCUACUCCGCCUUCAUGGUGGCUGACUCGGUGGAGGUCUACUCCCGGUCCGCUGAGCCCGACGCACCCGGAUACAAGUGGUCCUCUGACGGCUCUGGAGUUUUUGAGGUCGCUGAAGCCACCGGUGUUCAACAGGGAACAAAGAUCGUGCUGCACUUCAAAGACGACUGCAAAGAGUUUUCCGCUGAGGACAGAGUCAAAGAGGUUGUAACAAAGUACAGCAACUUUGUCAGCUUCCCCAUCUUCCUGAACGGGCGGAGGCUCAACACUCUGCAGGCCUUGUGGAUGAUGGAGCCUAAAGAGAUCAGUGACUGGCAGCACGAGGAGUUUUACCGUUACGUGGCCCAGGCCUACGAUAAGCCCCGCUACACGCUGCAUUACCGCGCCGACGCACCCGUCAACAUCCGGAGCAUCUUCUAUGUUCCUGACGCGAAGCCGAGCAUGUUUGAUGUGAGCAGGGAGAUGGGCUCCAGCGUGGCUCUGUUCAGCCGGAAGGUUCUGAUCCAGACCAAAGCAACCGACAUCCUGCCCAAGUGGCUGCGCUUCCUCCGAGGUGUGGUGGACAGUGAGGACAUCCCACUGAAUCUGAGCAGAGAGCUGCUGCAGGAGAGCGCCCUCAUCAGGAAGCUGCGUGACGUUCUGCAGCAGCGUGUGAUCCGCUUCCUGCUAGACCAGGGCAAGAAGGAGCCGGAGAAAUACAAGAAGUUCUUUGAGGAGUACGGCCUCUUCAUGAGGGAGGGCAUCGUCACCACGCAGGAACAAGACGUCAAGGAGGACAUUGCGAAGCUGUUGAGAUACGAGUCCUCUGCUCUGCCUGCCGGCGAGCAGACCAACCUGAUGGAGUACUCCUCCCGCAUGAAGGCCGGCGACCGCAACAUCUACUACCUGUGUGCCCCCAACCGCCAUCUGGCAGAGCACUCCCCGUACUACGAGGCCAUGAAACAGAAAGACAUGGAGGUGCUGUUCUGCUACGAGCAGUUUGACGAGCUGACCCUGCUCCACCUGCGGGAUUUCGACAAGAAGAAGGUGAUCUCCGUGGAGACGGACAUUGUGGUGGAUCACUACAAAGAGGAGAAGUUUGAAGACGUGAAGCCAGCCUCUGAGCGCCUGACCCAGGAUCAGUCCGAAGACCUCAUCUCCUGGAUGAAGAACGCUUUGGGCCCCCGAGUCACCAACAUAAAGCUGACCCCCCGGCUGGACACCCACCCAGCGAUGAUCACGGUGCUGGAGAUGGGGGCUGCUCGCCACUUCCUCCGCACCCAGCAGCUGGCUCGCACCCCUGAGGAGAGAGCGCAGAUUCUGCAGCCCACACUGGAGAUCAAUGCAGGACAUGAUUUGAUCAAGAAGCUGCAGGCACUGAAGGAGAGCAACUCUGAGCUGGCUGGACUGCUCCUGGAACAGAUCUAUGACAAUGCUAUGAUCACAGCCGGCCUGAACGACGACCCCCGACCGAUGAUUUCUCGCCUUAACGACCUGCUGACUAAAGCUCUGGAGAAGCACUGAGAGACAGACACUACAGUGCAGACUGACUGGGUGUUAAGCCUCUGAAGGGCGUACAAAGCUGGAUGACUGCAGAAGAGAACCAACAGGACUGUGUUCGUCUGGAGCCUUAAAACCACAUCUCUCUAGACUACUUAAUUGAACCCUUAUGGAGAGCACACAAAGGCUUUAAAGAGCAGCUGUUGUGAAGAUGAACUGAAGGAAGCUUCUCUGUAAAUCCCUGUGUGCAGCACUGUUUCAUCAGGAGAAUGGAGGCAACUCUCAUUUCUAGAUUCUCAUUUCAAAAUCCUUGUGAAAUACCAUGUGUAAAAAAUAAAGUGUGCAUUAAAGCUUUGAAGUGGUAGGAGACUAUUCAUGGCUUCAUUACAAAUGCAAGACAUUAUUAUUGCUAAGUGGAGCAGAUCAUGUUAAACUUAGCUUUCUUUUUUAUAAACCCUCAUUGUUUGUUGUCCUUUUUCUGUUAAUGUUAUGUUCGCUUUGUGGUUUAUAAAAUGUUAAAUACCUGAAUGUGGCAAUAUUUAAUGUAAUUAAAUAUUUUUGAACUGGGUCAAACUAGAGUGUUUGUUGAUGGUGUGUGAGCUGCAGAUGUGACUUGUCAGGUCAAACAUUGAUUCUCAACAGGUUUCAUUGAUAUUAAGGUAUCAUUAAAUCUAAUAAAAAAAGAUUUACCCUGAG